AUGGGCGACACAUUCCGCGAGACUCGCGAGACUGCCAGUGCUGCCAGUGAGGCUUUUCCCGCUGCCCAGGAGCAAGAUGUUAAGGCCAAACGAUCGGCCGAGUCACAUCAGAAUGCCGCCAGUGCUUGGGAGAUGUCGGAGAUGCCGCCCUCCAAAGCUCUGAAGGCCAGCGAAAGCCUGGUAACAGCUGAGGUGCAGGCUGCUUCGCUUGCGGCCAAUGCCAAUGAGAUUAUGCCCAAGGACAACCGAGCGGCCCGAGCGGACCGAGCAUUCACAGACAGUGAGAAUGACAAAGUGUCAAGCAAAAGUUCGGCAUCAAUGGCUGCGGCUGAGACACCCAUCGGCAGUCCUAGGGCCACUCCUUCCAUUGGCAUUGCCACUCCUGUGGAUGUGGGCAGAAACACAGCAGCUACAGCUACCGCUACAUGCACGACCGCUAGUCAGGAUGGCCCUUCAGAAAGUUCCGCCCUUCUGGAGUCGGAAGAGUUGCGUGACCGUCGGUUGUUUUUGUGGCAAGUGAACAGCCCUGACCAGGGCAACACGAAGAAACAACAUCAUUGUAGGGCCGAGAGCUUAUUUGAGGAUUCCGAUGACGACUGCAGCGACUCUGCUUUGGUGAAGUCGCCUUUAAAACCCCGUGAUCUGAAUGCUGCUUUCGAUGCUGUGCCACCGCCAAUGGAGAUGGACUUGGAGCUGGGCCGGGAGGUUGGGUCUGAAGGUCGCACCGGCUUGAAGUUUCAACCAGAAAAGCUGUCGGAUUGUGUCCAUGAUGUGCCAGUGGCUUCGUGGCAAAGACAUAUGUUGGAGUUCUUCGGGCCUCGCAUGCAGCCUGUAACCUUUCACAGGCCUUUGCGCCUGGGCACUUCGUGUUCGGGCACAGGUGCACCUCGGAUCGGCUUGCGAACCCUUGGGUUUCCAGUACUGGAGACUGCGAGUGCAGAUCCAAAGCCAGCUACCAUGAAGUUCAUGCGGGACGUGGCUCAACUCUCCUGCCAUCACUUCGCCUCUGUGGACAAUUUGCAAAAGCGCUCGGGGUACUGUCAUGUGCAUGAGAAGAUGUGCACGUUGGAGGCCAUCCGUGAUGACUUGUAUGUAGCAGGCUUCCCUUGCUCUCCGUUCUCCAGACAGCGGGCUGAUCGCUUCACUUCUGCUGCAGGGUGGCGUGCUCAUCCACAAGCAGCAGUAAUGUUCGGCGUGGCCGCCGACAUUAGGACUCGGGAACCGCUUCUGGCGGUCCUUGAGAACGUGACUGGAUUCGUCAUGGCUUCGAAGGAUGAAGCAGCCCAAGGGCCGUCCGUGCAUCAUCCAGAUGUCAAGCGCGAUUCCCCACUUGAUGCACUGCUAUCUGCUGUCAACGAUGGCACAGAUGUCCAGCAUCCUCGUUAUUUCGCAUGCUGGCAGCAUGUGGACGGAGAUCUGUGGUCUGGAUUCCCAAGACCUCGAGUGUACAUCAUGUUGGUGCACCGCGAUCUUGGUGUAUCUGUGCUGAAGGAUGCAGCUUGCAUCCUGCGCGAUGCCUUGGAGCACUGCAAGGGCAAAGAGCCCCUGACUUUCGCCGAGACAUUGCUGCCCAAGGACUCUACCGUUCUGGCAAACCAGAUGGCAAAACAUCAGGUGGCUCUGCAGCAGUCAAUGCUGGAGCAGGAGGAGCGUCAAGGCAACAGCGAAAGCGAGGGGUCAGAUGACACAGCUGGGAAAUUCGCUGAAUUCUUUGCCAGCAGAGCACGUAGACGUGCAAAUGCAGCUGGUGAGGACGAAGUUGCUGCUGAAUCUGUGGGGUCUCAGGACUCAGAUGAGCACUGGGGACAGGAGGAUGCUGAUGAGAGAAUCGGAGCCUCGCUUCUUGCAGAAGAUCCAAAUCUUCAACCUGGCACGCUUGAUCUUCCAUUUGGACAUUCAGUUGAAACUACAGCUGCAGCUACAGCUAUGGCUAUGGCAGCGAGGGCUUCGGGUGCCGAGCCGUCCGGCUCUGCUACAGUCAGAGAUGCAGCGGCGGAGAGUUUCGCAGAAGCUUUGAUGUCAGCCAUGGCAUUUGAAGACGAGUUUGAAGCGGAAUUGCGGGGUGGAGGUGCAAUCGGUGCAAUGUCUGAGUCAGGGGACGAAAACAGAAACGUCCCCACACCACCCGCGCCCCUUUCUGUGCAUCCGCCAGCUACCCCGCCCGUGCGGGACCCAAGCGAUGAACUUGGCCGUGGCCAUGACCGCCCUGCCUCUGACAGUGCUGUCCCAUCUGCCCCAAGCCGCGCCCCGCCAGUGCGGGGCUCAAGUGCCAGGACUGCAGCGCUGCCGGCAGGGCCACGGCUUGUGCAUGAUGGUUUGGCCAUCAGAAACGACGAUGGCAGCAUUCUCGCUUGGAUCAAGCACAAACCGCAAAGUAAUGAUUUCUUUGUAAACUGUUCCUUGCACGAAAAUUGCACCAAGACUAAGACGCUCAGAAGCUCUCAAAGACAUGGCAGGAGGUUGCAAGGACGUCCGCUCGGUUUCCUGGCUGCGUGGGCCGUGCAGGGACAUGCAUGUCUUUCCAAGGAAGCGCAUUCCUUGGUUGUGCCUUCAUUUCUCGACCGCAAGAAUGCUCGUGCGAGGCUGCGUCAGGAAGCAAAUGCGUCUGAGUUCUUUGUCAAGGAACGAGACCGUCGUUCAGACGAGCCCGACAGCGAGCCGGACCACUGCCCUUAG